AGCGCGGCUGCCACGCUCCCUUCGAGCCGGCAUUUCCGCUGCCUUUUUCUCUCCUUACCCCUUCUUCCCUUCCUUUGCCCGCCCCCUCUCUCUCUCUUCAUGUUUCCAAACUUACGAGCUCCAUCCCCCCCAAGACCCAGCCACCCUCGCAAGCGUCCAAACCUUCCAUCGUCAUCACGUUCCAUUCCAAUUUUAUAUCGGUUUAUUUAUUGAAGAAGGGCAAUCAAGUGCUGUUUCAGGCAACUUAUUUGACUUCAAAAUCAAGCCAAGACAUCAAAACUUCCAGUAGCAGGUAUACGGAAUGAUUGCAGGGAAUGCAGAAAGCAACCCUGGUGACCGUCCUCCAUAUGGUGAACCAAAGAUGAUCCAGUCAUCACCAGUCAUCACAGAUGACCUAAUUGCCCGACGCCUGAAGAACAGGGAGCGGCAGCGAAGGUACAGAGCAAGGAAGCGCCUUGAAGCAGAUAUGAAGAGGUCAUGUUUGCCAGGCCAACAUGCAUUGCUGCCAAGUGAAGCACAAUCAAAUGGAAUCUCUAUUAAUGUUAAUACCCACCAAGCUGUACUGCCACUUGAAUCUCACACAGCUGGACCCACUAUUGCAUAUGAAGCUCGUGUAUAUUCUGGUCGAAAGUGGAAGAGGGAUGCAAGAAAAGCACAUUUAUUCAAAGAGCUAAUGGACCCAUCAAAUGUACCCAUUGUGCCUCUGUCCAUAAAGCCAUCAUUAGAAGCUGGAUUCCAUUUAGAGGACCAUACAAACCCAACUGGAAAAAGAGAAUGGAAAGCAGAUGCAAGAAACAAGGCGGAUGUGGAUGUGGGGACACAUGAGGAUGAUCCCACUAAGUAAUUCUCUCCAGGAUUCUUCAUUUCAUGCGACACAAGGGUGGAGAAGACACUGUUCAUCAGCUUCCAGAUAAACUUGACGUGUAGAUAUUAGGCUGGGUUGCUGGGCAUUCUGCUAUAUCCAAGAUUGAGUCCAGGAAUUUGGGCUCUUUACGUCAACUUUUUUGUAGCCUAUAAUUUGCGUUAUAGUUUGACGCCGCAACAGGUUUUUGCCAAACAUCUCAAGCUGUUGGGACUUUCUACUUGCAUGAUUGGUAUUCUAGCUGGUCGUGAUAUUUCAUCUUGUAAUAGAACAGAACAAACUCU